ACUUCACAGUCUCCAUAAAGCCCGCUUCCCUGACCCCAUAGUGGCAGCUCCAUCAUCAGCUCUUGGUUGGUUCAAAACAACAGACGCUCAGUCCUGGCCCAGCUGCCUGCACUCCACUUUCUAGCUAUCUCCUAGGAGCUGGACUGAAGCCUAGGAGCCUCAGCUGCUAGCAUCCGGGAAAGGAUCAUGUCUGCUAACAAAGGCUGGUGGGUACCACCUGAGAGUGAAGACAGUGUGUCUGAGAAGUUCCUGAGGAAGACCAGGGAGUCUCCACUGAUGCCUAUAGGCUUAGGAGGCUGCCUGGUAGUGGCAGCUUACAGGAUUUACCGACUGAAGGCUCGUGGUCCCACCAAGCUGUCCGUACACCUGAUUCACACCCGAGUGGCAGCGCAGGCCUGUGCUGUGGGUGCAGUCAUGCUGGGUGCUGUGUACACAAUGUACAGAGACUACAUCAAGAGAACAGCCCAGGAUGCUGGGGAGAAGUAAGAUUCCUAUAGGGCCUAGGGCAGGCAGACCCUCUUAGAUCAACCCCUGAUACGCACCUAAUAAAGUUGUUUUGAAGAAAGAGUCUUUUCUUUACAUGGGGGAGAACAGUAACGGAUUGGUAGUGGCUGAUGGGAGGACUCAGAGGGCCGGAAAUCAGAGUUCCAGCCCCCAACUCCAGAGGAAGGGAGACUCCUCACGGGCAGAGGAGGAGUAGCAGACCACUGAUCUCAGGAACCCAACCACUCCCAAGGCACCCCCGGUCCCACCCAGAAGCACAGUUGGGAGGACAGGCUGCCCGGAGUGGGAGUGGAGUGAGAAGGUGGGGCAGUAAAGAGGCCUCCGUGCUCUCAGGAACAGUGGAUUAAGAGCAGGGUACCCCUCCCACUACAGGCUGCUGCCCUGGGGACUCUGCAGGAAGGCUGCAGCUGGGAGCAGAGACACUGAAGCCUCUGGGGACAACAUACAUCCAGAACCUGAGUGCCAGGCCUAGGCUGGGCAGAGGGUGGGGAUGAAAGGAACAGAGUAAUGCAGAGGUCAGAAUGUUCUGUUCACUUAAAAACCAUGUCUAAGGUCAUACUGUUAAAAAAAAAAAAUUCCAUGUAAAUCCUGACAGGGCCCCUUGGGGUUAAACACUUUCAAUCCCUUCUUCCCUGAAUGCAAGCUCCUCUGUUCCCUGGGAAUGGAGCCAAGCAGAGGCCACAGAAAGAA